CUAAGCCUUGUUGCAAGGACCAUCCCACUCUACUUUCAUAAACUUACUUCAAGCUUCAUAUUCAAAAUGCAAGCAAAUGUUUUGUCGAUGUUUGCCGAAAUUACAUUAAUCCGGUUUUCACUUUUAAUGCGAAGCGUCGUAGGUUAGUCGACCGAAACAUGAUGAACCCACUGACUUCGAUGUAGACGGUGGGAUUAGCAUUUUUCGGAGAAGAUCAUGGCGGCAGCGGUGGAGGUGAGUGUAAGUAGCGGCAGCAGUGACACAUCUAGCACCGGCGAGGAGGAGCGGAUGAGGCGGUUGUUUCAGACUUGCGACGGAGACGGAGAUGGAUACAUAAAUAGGAAUGACCUGUUAAUGGUGUGCAGGCAGUUGAACAUGGAGGACUCGGUGCCUGAGAUCAUGCGGCAGCUGGGGGCACAUGAGACAGGCAGGAUCUCCUUUGAGGAGUUUGCACAGCGCCGCAUGCAGCUGCUCACUGAGAUCCGCAGGGAGGAGGGCCAGCUCAAGCUCAGCGAAUCAGAAACAAGGAAGCUCAGAGAACACAUUGCUUCCUGGCCAAACAACAGUGAGAACAAUCUGGGAGCCAGAGAGAGAUGGGAGCAUGACUCUGGGGCCAGAGACCUGCAGAACACAGACCUACCUUCUUCCCCUCUGGACCAGCAGCAACAUUCCUCAGUACUACUGCAGAAGUUUCUAGAACAGCCUAGCAGUGUCCUGGAGCUUCCGGAAAACCUCCAGAGAUUCCUGGCUCCUCUGUCAGGUCAAACCGGCCCUAUGGGCGGAGGCUACCCAGACCUAGUGAACACGCUGCAGCUGGCUGCUCUGAUGUCUCUGAAAGGUGAUGUGUUGGAGCUCAACAAACGUCUGCUGCAGAGUGAGAGAGAACGGGACGCACUGGAGAACAGGCUGGCCAAAGCACAGUGUGAACAGUCUGAUCUGCUGCGGGAACAUGAGGAGAUGCAGGAGAGGACCACGCUGCGCUAUGAGGAGAGAAUCACUGAGCUCCACAGUAUCAUCGCAGAGCUCAACAAGAAAAUAGACCUACUACAAGGCUCUACCAUCAGAGAGGAGGACGAGUUUUCAGAGUUGCGCUCUGAGCUCAGCCACAGCCAGCAAGAAGGCAAUGAGGAUGAGCGGAGUGUGGAUCAGGACCCUGACCAGGCAUCUGUCUCACUGCCUGAAAACCAGUCCACACUGGUGACUGCAGACAUGGAUAACUGCAGCGAUCUGAACUCGGAGCUGCAGAGGGUGCUCACGGGCCUGGAGAGUGUGGUCUGCGGCCGCAAGAAGAGCGCCUGCAGCCUGUCUGUGGCCGAGGUGGACCGUCAUAUCGAGCAGCUCACCACAGCCAGCCAGCACUGCGACCUGGCAAUAAAGACGGUGGAGGAGAUCGAGGGCGCUCUAGGCAGGGACUUCUACCCGAGCCUGUGUGAGGAGCGCGUCCGCUGGGAGAAGGAGCUGACAGGUAUGCGGGAUGAGAAUGAGAGUCUGACUGCCAUGUUGUGCAGUAAGGAGGAGGACCUGAACCGCACUAGAGCCACCAUGAGCACCAUCCGGGAGGAGAGAGACCGCCUCCGUCGGCGUGUAAGGGAGCUGCAGACUCGUCUACAGAGUGUUCAGUCAGGAGGAGGACAGUCUAGUCCUGGGCGUCUGACCCCAGCCGGGCGGCCGGUCAAUCCCAGCACGGGCGAACUGAGCACGAGCAGCAGCAGCAAUGACAUUCCUGUAGCCAAGGUGGCUGAACGAGUCAAGCUGUCCAAGACACGCUCAGAGUCGUCAUCAACUGACAGAGCAGUACUGGGCUCCGAAAUUAGCAGCAUUGGGGUGUCCAGUAAUGUGGCAGAGCACCUGGCUCACUCUCUGCAGGACUGCUCCAAUAUCCAGGAGAUCUUCCAGACCCUCUACUCUCAUGGCUCAGCCAUCUCCGAGAACAAGAUCCGCGAGUUUGAGGUGGAGACAGAGAGACUCAACAGUCGGAUUGAGCACCUGAAGUCUCAGAAUGACCUGCUCACCAUCACGCUGGAGGAGUGCAAGAGUAAUGCAGAGAGGAUGAGCAUGCUAGUGGGCAAAUAUGAGUCCAAUGCUACAGCGCUGCGUCUAGCCCUGCAGUACAGUGAGCAGUGUAUUGAGGCCUAUGAGCUACUGUUGGCACUGGCGGAGAGUGAGCAGGGCCUGGUGUUGGGCCAGUUUAGAGCAGCUGGAGUGGGCACUGUGGGAGAUCAGGCUGGAGAGGAGAGCAUCCCGCAGGUUCUGAAGCGUGCGCACGACUGCCGGAAGACGGCAGAAAAUGGCGCUAAAGACCUUCUCGCCCGCCUCGAUGGCAGCUGUGGUGGAGCCUUCACUGUGCAGCCCUGGGAGAGUCUGUCAUCCAACAGCCAUACCAGCACCACCAGCUCCACAGCCAGCAGCUGUGACACAGAGUUCUCCAAAGAGGACGAGCAGCGCCUGAAGGACUACGUGCAGCAACUGAAGAAUGACCGUGCUGCUGUGAAGCUGACCAUGCUGGAGCUGGAGCGGGCCCACAUGGACCCGCUGAGCUGCGACGUGAAGCCCCGCGGGGACCCGCAGCGCCUCGACCUGGAGAAUGCCGUGCUCAUGCAGGAACUCAUGGCCAUGAAGGAGGAGAUGGCAGAGCUGAAGGCUCAGCUCUACCUGUUGGAGAAGGAGAAGGCGGCUCUGGAGCUGAAGGUGCGGGCGCGUGAGGCGCAGGAGCAGGCCUACCUGGUGCACAUCGAGCACCUGAAGGCAGAGCUGGAGGAGCAGCAGGAGCAAAGGAGGAGGCUGGACUCCACCGGCAGCAACACUAGCGGCAAGGACAAGAGCGGGAAGGACUCGACUGACUCUGCAGCCAGUAAUGCAUCAGAGCUCAGGAACCUCAACGACAGUGACCUGGCAGCAGAACUCACUAACGCUCUUCGGAGGGAGAAAAGGUUAAAAGGCAGAGUCCAGGAGCUGGUUGCCGCUCUCGAGAGGCUAACCAAGAGUAGUGAGGUGCGCCACCAGCAGUCCGCCGAGUUCGUCAACGACCUGAAACGAGCCAACAGUAACCUGGUGGCAGCGUAUGAGAAGGCCAAGAAGAAACAUCAGAAUAAGCUGAAGAAGCUCGAGUCCCAGAUGAUGGCCAUGGUGGAGAGACACGAGACUCAGGUUCAUAUGUUGAAGCAGCGUAUUGCCCUGCUGGAGGAGGAGACAUCACGACCACAUACCAACGAGACCUCCCUCUGAUGCACACCCACACACAGUUCUGGCUGAUGUGUUCAGUAAGACUUAAUCAUGUACAUACAAUCCCAAGAGGUCGUUUGAUGGCGAGAGCCCUCCACUGUCACUUUGAAAAACACUGCCAGAAUCUGGUGAACACGGUGACCAUGUCAGAGCUCUCUCAGAGAUGGUGUGUCCAAUAUCCGACCAAUGAGGAGACUCAAGUAAGCCAAAAAUGACCAGUUGCAUUGGAGUGCCAUUGUUGUCCAAUCCCUCAGGACCUUAUAUCCAGUGAAAACUGUCAGUCCUUCAGGGCGUGUACUUGUCAAAUGCCCAUGCUGUAAAUUGAUUGGCUGGAGCACUUGUGUUGAUGGGAGAUGAUGUAAGGAGGAUAUCUCAGCCAUCACUAAUGAAAACAUUUUUAAAAUGCAUUUUUGAAGACGUCAGAGAGAACCUGUAUGGGCAUUACUGAAACUCUCACACUUUGUCCAGUAUUUCAGUUAUCAAAUAGUAAACUAUCUUGUUUUACAGCAUUUAGUUGCAAACUCUUUCAGACUUAGUUUUGUGAUUUUUUUUUUUUUGAUAAGUCAAGAAAUCUAUCACACACAAUGCAUUGUCGCCAUUUUUCCAACUCUUAACAUUUUGGAAUUUUUCUUUCAAGAUGCACACACACCGUAAUGCUGAUGUUUUGGACAUGGCGACGGCAGUAGCCAUAUUAACUAGAAGCUGUCUAGCCAGUCACUGUGGGGAAGCAGGUCUGAAUUGUGCUUGGUGGUCUCAUCUGUACUGAACUCUCUCCUCCCGAAACAGAGAGUAAUUUGUGUGCAUGAACAAGUCAAAAGUAGUUUGUGAACUGCAUUCACACACAGUCUAUAUGUUAUUUAACUGUAUAACAUCUUUAAAUGUAUAACAUACAAGAGCAUCAUAACAGCUUACAUCAUGCCACACAGCACAGUUCUUUCUCACUGAGAUUUUAUAGAAAACCUGAGACAGGAUUAAGCAGAGCCAGUUAAACCCAGAUCAUCUCAAUGUGACAGCUAUGGUAUAGGUAAUUAACCACAAAACAUAAAAAAGCUUAAUGUCAGUAGUGGCCUGCUUGGCUUGUGAGAUGAUUCCAGCAUCGGUUGGCUGCUUCCCUGCUCCAACACCCCUGAUUCAGCUUGUCUGUUCAUUAUCAGGUUUAGCAGUGUGUUUGGUGGGGAAAUCACAAUCUUGUGCUGGACUCUGGCCAAUCAGGUGGAUGACGACUAAUGCCAAAGCUGCAGCUAUCUUAUGUGGCUGUAGCAGAAGCUGCUGAGCACAAAUCUCUUACAGCAGUGCUCCAUUUACUCUUAUAAUAGUUACAUUUGUGAAAUGCACACGUCUGUACAAAACUGCAUAAUUAACCAGUAAUCUAAUUACAAGUAAUGAGUAAUUUCAAAAGUUGAAAGGAGUUCAAUGUGAUUUCUACGCAUGUAUGCAUAUGCAAUACAAAAUAACCUACAUAAUGUUCAGAAAAGCAAUAAGUCCAUACGUUUGAUGGAGUGCCGUUGAAGUAGGAAUAAAUGGGCAUUAAGGAGCAGCUCUGCAAGUUGAUGGAUCUUAGCAAUAAGCAGGUAACCCCUUGCUGCCCACAUUAGUGUUGACUUCAUCUUAGAUUUUAUGCAAUUCAGUUAGACAUCAAAUGCUUGGUUUGAACAGAAGCCACUAUCUUGAAGUCCUUCAGAAUUAGAAUUCUAAAUAUUAGAAUUAACACUGGAAAUGCUUUCACUGUAAGGCCUCUGCUUAACACACUAGUCAAACUUCCAUGUCUUUCUCCUCAGUUCAAAACUACAUGAUUGUAGAAGACACAAUUUUCUGAUUUAGAAUGUAGAGCACUGUAGUUGGUGUAUAUGGUAAAUUCUAAGUGAAUAACCUUGAUUAUAGCCCAGGAGAUUAACUGUUGAGGUAUGUUUUUCACCAAUUUUACACUUAAAUGUGCAAUAUACUGUCAGUCAUAAGCAACCAUUCACAUUCUAUUUUUUACAUUUUAAUCAAACAUGUAUGUCCAUUAUGAUGUUUUGUGCACAGACACCGACAGAGCCCUUUGUUUGCUCUUUAGUCCUUGUACUUUGUUUUGGGUCCUGAUCCUGGCAUUUCCUUCCAUUGCCUAUUUUAGCAUUUUUCCUGUUCCCGACCCAUCAGGUAAUUAACCAGCCUUUUAUGAACUGGGUCAGGAAGUGCUUGUUAAUUAAAGUGUGUGUUAGCUCUUCCCCCCCCCCCUCCCUCCCCCUAUAUCUCCCUGCACUAUCUGUGAUGUGUAGUUUCUCCAGGUCUGAUAAACUAAUGAUACAAGUCAUGGAGCAGAAGGGAAGGAUAAUUCACCUUUCUGUGAGCUGUUCAUAUGCACAUGUCCUGGCUCUCUUCAUGCACACAAAUCCCACAAACCCAGAAGCAUGCCUCCUCCUGCACGUUCUCUGUGCUGGACCAGGUCACCACACUGCCUUCCACAGAGACCUCCCACACGGGAGCUUCCACUACAUAGAUGCUGCAUUCACAAAUAUUUCUGUUUACACUGAAGUUGUUUGUGGGAUGUUUUUCCUUUUUAGGGACAAAAGUCCUGAUGGUUAGAUGGCAAAAUCAGAAGUGCAGGUUGUCCACAAAAAACAUUAAAAUUUCUAUUGUUUCCUGUAUGCUGUUAAAAACAGAAGAGUAAAUUGGAACAAACUAUUGUUUGUACUGUUACAGGUGUAUUCCAUGAUCUCACAUAACAAACAAGCUAGGGUGCAGUCACAGAUACAAUAUGACAUGGGCAAACAGUGGUCUGUUUUCUGAACCAAGUCCUCAUCAUGAUUUCACUAGUGGCCUGUGGGACAACUUGCUUCCAGAUUAUAACCAGCUCAAACAAGAGGAGAGGGCUUGAUUUACUAAAGCAGGUAGCACAUCCUGCAAUGAAUAGAACAGUAAAGGGGGUGAUUGCUGAAUUUAACAGUUCACUUGGUCAGCUGGCUUUGCUGGAACUAAUGGGUGUAUGUGCUUCUGGCUUUAAUAAAGGAGCUCAGAGUUGAAUGACUGCCCAGGUUCUCACAGACUUUACUCGUGUGAUGGCAAAUGUUUCAGUUCCAAGUUUUAAGAGUACAAAUCCAUUGAGCCCAUUAUGAUUGGGGUCUAAGAGUUGUACCUGAUUUGCACAGAUCUGUUUUUUGAAUCAAAUCCUUGCAAUCAUUUUUUUUAUUGUAUUACAGAAUGUAUUUGUUUAUAUAAGAAAUAAAGCAAUGUAAAUGUAUUUGAUGCAUCCUCUAAUUCACAAAAUACAGUUUACUGCUCCUGCUCAUGACCAUUUUAACCUGCAAGUAUGGUACAGAGUACCAUUAGAUGGUGUGCUUUAUCUAUGAAGAGGUUCUCCCAGUUAAAAUUGCCUCUUAACUCCAGUUCAAAUUCAGCUGCACAAGCAAAGUAACAAUCAAAUAAGAGAACUAGCAGGAUGAAGAGAAGGGGUGAACAGGCUCAUCCCUGAGAUGUUUCUAGAUAAUUAAAACACAAAGUGGAGAUCAUUUUCCCAACCCUCCCCAUCCCACUUAAAUUUAUUUAGCAAGUAUUACAAUUCUUUAUAACGUGGAAAAUUGUAAGUUAUUGCCAAGACUAAACAAAACUAUAUACAGUGGGUUUGGAUGACAAGAGGAGGAAAGAUUAGAAUGCAAAGGCAGAAGUUGAAGUCAUGGAUAUACCUGAUGUUGCGCUACAUUAUCUGGAGACAUGCUGUGAAAGUGCAUAUCCUGCGGCAGAGUCAACGUCCUGUCUAUACCCUACGUGGCUACACCUAGAUGCAUGCAACAAAAAAGUCCUCAUGAGAAACUUAUAUAUUCACAUGCUCAUAUCCGAUACAAAAGCUUCUGGAGCCAAAACGACUGAAGUCUCAGGUCAAGAAGAAAAAAGUAAAAAUAGGCAUCCUGUUAAAAAAACAAAACAGUACUGAGAUCUACAGAGCUAAGAUAGCACUGAAUUUUGAAGUAUAUCUUGAUAUAAUCCGUUUCAAUAAACACACGCACGCGCGCACACACACAGCUCUGCAUACAUCCUUUCAUACACUGCUACAGACCGAUAAAUUCAUGGAGGGUACAAUCAUGGGGUCUCUGUCCUCGUUCAAGAAAAAAAAAAAAAAAAAAAAAAAAAAAAAAAAAAAAA